UAGUGUCCCUCAUCCUUUUCGCUAUUUAUGCGCCUGCUGUCGUCCACGUCCAGACUGCUCUCAUCUCACUCCCAUCCCUCUCAGAUAACGACAUCAAAGUUGACAAGCUCAGCUGCUGCUGCAUAUAGACUUCGUUCGAUCUCUCGUACAUUCACCACCACCACUCCAGAAAAAAUGGCCCCGAUCGAAAAGUCGACGUCGAACGAGAAGUAUGACUUGAUUAUCCUCGGUGGAGGAAGCGCCGGCAGUGGGGCCUCGCGCCGAGCGGCGAUGUAUGGCAAAAAGGUAGCUGUCAUCGAGAAGGAUGGCAAGCUAGGUGGGACUUGUGUCAAUGUUGGAUGUGUGCCGAAAAAGCUCAUGUGGCAUGCCGCUGACAUGGCGGAGCGUCUGCGUGCCGCCGCGUCCUACGGAUAUCCGGACGCAGGGGCUCUGAGCCAAGAGUUCAACUGGGAGUACUUCAAGAAGAAGCGCGAUGCCUACGUGCACAUGUUGAACGGCGUGUACGAGCGCAACUUCAACAAGGAGGGUGUGGAAUUCCAUGAUGGGUUCGCCUCCUUCGUCGACCAGCACACCGUCGCCGUCAAGCGCCGUGACGGCACUGUCGAUCACAUGACUGCCGAUACGUUCUACAUCGCUGUCGGCGGGCGACCGGGCAUCCCUAAGGACGUGCCCGGUGCAGAGCUGGGCAUAACCUCAGACGGGUUCUUCGAGCUCGAGCACCGCCCGAAGCGUGUCUGUGUCGUCGGCGCGGGGUACAUCGCAGUUGAGCUCGCUGGGAUCUUCCACACCCUCGGAAGCGACGUGCACCUAAUGAUCCGGCACGAAAAGGUUCUGCGCACGUUCGACCCGAUGCUUCAGGAUGUCUUGACCGACUGGCUUGUCCACACCGGUGUCGACCUGCACAAGAACACCCUCGUAACCAAGGUUGAGGGCCAGAAGGGUGGGCCGCUCACCGUCUUCACCAAUGACGGGAAGAGCGUCGAAGUAGAUUGUCUCCUCUGGGCUAUUGGCAGGCACCCAAGCACCGAGAGCCUCAACCUGGACAAGAUUGGCGUGAAGGUUGACGAGAAGGGCGAUGUUAUCGUGGAUGAAUUCCAGAAGACGUCUGUUGACCACAUCUAUUCCAUGGGUGACUGUGCGGGCAAGUACCUCCUUACCCCUGUCGCGAUUGCCGCUGGGCGAAGGACGUCGAACCGCCUGUACGGUGGUCCCCAGUUCAAGGACGACAAACUGUCGUACGAGAACAUCCCCACUGUUGUCUUCUCUCACCCGCCCUGUGGUACUGUUGGCCUCACUGAGCCGGAGGCUCGUAAAAAGUACGGCGACGCGAACAUCAAGAUAUACAAGACAUCGUUCAAGGCGAUGUACUUUGGCAUGUUCAACGACGACUCGCACAAGGAGCCCACGUCGUACAAAGUCAUCUGCGUUGGUCCAGAGGAGAAGGUCGUCGGCAUCCACAUCAUCGGCAUGGGGAGCGAUGAGAUGAUGCAGGGCUUUGGUGUCGCUGUCAGGAUGGGAUGCACGAAGGAGGACCUGGAUAGGACCGUCGCUAUCCAUCCGACGUCGUCUGAGGAGCUUGUCACCCUCCGAUAGACGAUUAAGCGCUCGCUCAUCUUGCUCGUAUGUAGCACAGUAUGCGUACCCUCAGUCAAUAUGUAGAAGUAGAAAUGGUAUCAUUGAAUGACAAUUGAAUGAAACAAGAGGGAGAAGCUCAUCCAGGUACUAGUACAAGGAAGACGUAACCGCUUGAACCCGGGAAUGACCUGGCGACGCGACUAUGCAUAUCAUACCGGCACUGCUCUAGCGGGAGGUAGGGGCGAACGGAAUACAAGGACAGAGGAGGGGGGAGGACCGGAAAGCAUGAUAAUGACCAUCCCUUGAAUGCACGCACGCUCAGCAGCACUUCUGUUGCUGUUUCGGCUCCUGGCUCGGCGUAACGGUGAUGCUCUCCCCUCCUGAUGGCCUUAUUGCGUCUGCUGACGUCUCAAGUGCCUUGCUCGAUACGAUGUGGUAGAUGUCGGUCAAGAUGGUCUGGAAGGCUGCCUCGACAUUCGUCGCGUCCAGCGCAGACGUUUCGAUGAAUGACAGACCGUUAUCAGUGGCAAACUGCUUCGCUUCGUCCGUCAAGACUGCCCGUAGGUGCUUGAGAUCGCUCUUGUUUCCAACAAGCAUGAUAACGAUGUUGCUGUCCGCAUGAUCUCUCAACUCCUUGAGCCAUCUUGCUACGUUCACAAAUGUCGCGUGCUUGGAAAUGUCGUACACCAACAGCGCGCCUACUGCGCCGCGAUAGUAGGCAGCAGUGAUAGCGCGAUACCGUUCCUGUCCAGCAGUAUCCCAUAUCUGCGCCUUGACCACCUUGCCAUCAACAUUGAUUGUCCGUGUCGCAAACUCGACACCGAUUGUGGACUUUGAGUCCUGGUUGAACUCGUUCCUCGUGAAUCGCGAGAGCACGUUCGAUUUGCCGACUCCAGACUCCCCGAUUAACACGAUCUUGAAGAGAUAGUCAUAGUUGCUGCCCUCAGCCAUCGUUUUGUCCUUUUAGUAGAUUUUGAAUACUUGGGGGUUCGUUGCAAAUGGUAAGAGUCAAAAGUAAACGCAGUUAG